GUGGGGACACACACAAACCCUCUAACACAAAGGGUACACAAAGUUACCCCAAGAUAGGGCUGAGAGAGAUUCCUCCCUGCAACCCUGGAGAAGCCGCUGCCAGUCUGUGAAGACAAUAUUGAGCUAGAUAGACCAAGGGUCUGACUAUGGCAGUUUCCUAUGUUCCUAUGUUAUUAGAGGGGGGACGAACAAACGCAUACACAGACAUGUACCUCAUGAGGAUUGGUGGGUUGGUGUCUGGGGCAGGAUUUAAAUGUCAGAGGGCUGCAGGCAUCAAGCAGUACAAGGAAAGGACAGGACAUCUUCCAAGCAAGUGAGCCCGGAUCGCUUCAGCAAACUUCCAGAAGAGUAUUUUUUCAGAUCAGACCAUUGCAAAAUAUUCUCCGGAGAAUCUCUCACAAUGAAGAUUGCUGUGAUUUGCGGGUGUCUUUUCAGCAUUGCCUUUGCUUUACCUAUACCAGAAGUGGCACAUACAGUUGUGGGGAAACUGAAAAUGGAACAGGCUCCUCUUUCUUCAGAUGUAAGCAAGGAUGCCACUAAAUUGAAGGCUGCUGAAAAGGACCUGCCAUUUCAAUCACCUGCCUUUUCAAUCACUAAGCCAGAUCCUCUUCUUACAGACGUGAGCAAUGAUGCCAGUGAACUAAAGGCUGCUGAAAAGGACCUGCCAUUUCAAUCACCUACUAAGCCAGAUCCUCUUGCUACAGAUGUGAACAAUGAUGCCAGUGAACUAAAGGCUGCUGAAAAGGACCUGCCAUUUCAAUCACCUGCCUUUUCAAUCACUAAGCCAGAUCCUCUUCUUACAGACGUGAGCAAUGAUGCCAGUGAACUAAAGGCUGCUGAAAAGGACCUGCCAUUUCAAUCACCUGCCUUUUCAAUCACUAAGCCAGAUCCUCUUGUUACAGACGUGAGCAAUGAUGCCAGUGAACUAAAGACUGCUGAAAAGGACCUGCCAUUUCAAUCACCAGCCUUUUCAAUCACUAAGCCAGAUCCUCUUGUUACAGACGUGAGCAAUGAUGCCAGUGAACUAAAGGCUUCUGAAAAGGACCUGCCAUUUCAAUCACCUGCCAUUUCAAUCACUAAGCCGGAUCCUCUUGCUACAGACAUGAACAAUGAUGCCAGUGAACUAAAGGCUCUUCUUUCUUCAGACACAAGAAAUGACGCUACUGAAUUGAAGGUUCCUGAAAAAGACCUGGCAUUUCAAUCACUGAUGACUAAUCCAGAUUUUAUUUAUUCAGAUGCAAGCAAUGACAUCAAAGGACGGAAGAGCUUUCCUUGGAGGAUAACCGAAGAUGACUAUGACCAAGAGGAUUUUUAUUCAGAUGAAAGUGAUGACUACAUUAGAGGAGAGGAUCUUAUUUAUCUAGAUGAAAGUGAUGACUACAAUACAGCAGAGGACUUUUAUCCUUCAUAUAGAAGCAACAAUGAAGAAGCGAUCUCUCUUCCUUUAGAAACAAGCAAUGACAUAACUGAGGAAGAGGCCUUAUUGUCCAGAGAUGUACCACUGGCGAUAAAAUCCUGGUACACAGCGGACAUGGAACCUGAACUUCCACGUGGUGCUGACAUGCAGUAGGAGGCCUAUGAUCCUGAGAUCCUUGAUAAUAGUAGCAUAACUUCUUGAAACUGCUUGAUAGCAUUGACAAUUACAUUCCUGUUUCUGAGGGAAUAAAGUUUUGUGUUAAAACUUGGACUCAAAUCAAUAACUGUUUUUUUCUGAACUAGGGAAAUAGGCAAGAGGUUUCAUAUCUGGCUGUCAUCCAGACUGUUAGUCAAUGAUACUACCUAGGAAUUACCCUAAAGCACGACUUAACUUCGAUAAAACUACUCAAGAGUAAUUUAGUGUGCUAUCAGCUAAUAUUUAUUUCAAAGUAAAUUUCAGGGUGAAUUUGAUAUCAAUUAGUCAAGGCACAAAUAUACAGGUCUGUUAAAGAAGCAAAUUAAAGCCUACAAUAUUACCUUUCCCUUCCCAUUUAGCAAUAUGAGCUCUUCAGCUACAUAGUUUUUCUGCUCAAUUUCAUGGUCAUUACCAUUAUGAAAGAGUAAAACAAGAAACAGUGAUCAGAGCUGUCUAUGUUAUUCACAUACUGAAUGCUGUUAUUUUACAAUACUGUAGUUUAAUCAUUUAACACUGGAAAUAAAAUUUAAAGUGCUAUGAA